AUGGUGAAGAAUGUCAAGAGCGAGGAGAAGUAUCAGAACUUCAGUGACAGCUCUAUGAGAGACCGCGUGGCGGCGGUGCACGCGCACGAGUACACGGUCACCGCGGACCCGGAUGACCCCGCGCAGCAGAGCUCGGGGUUCACCUCCAGCGGAUGGGACAAGUAUUACUUCUUCAGCAACCCGGCCAGCUGCGCCGGUCCUGGCAAAGGAAACCUCCACCCCACGGCACGCCUGGGGCGCAACCGGCCGGCCAUGAACGGCCCUCAGACCUUCACGAUCGAGGCCUUCACUCCGGAGGAGUUGAAGCUGGCCCGCAUUCGGAUCGAGAAGAAGGGCGCCCGGACCACCUACGCCGAGUCCUACAGCCAGUUGCCCAGGAGUUCCACCUCGGUGAUGGGGCCCAUCGAACGCCCCAGCGGGCACCACAUCAUGAAGCAAGCAGCCGCCACAGGUCAGUCGGUGUCAGACACCUUGACACAGGCGGGAUUGGGUGCCCUCACCCGCUCUGCCAGCGCCUCGGAGAUCCUGGCGGGGCCGCUGAUCGCGCACCGCAUGGGACCCCAUUGGCCGCCGCCGGGGCCGGCACGACCCGAUCCGCUGAAGACGCGCAAGGAGCUCAUGGCUUGGGGCGACCAUCGUACCUUCGUGGAGCUGCACGCCAAAGACCGCAAGGCACCGGGUGAGAUCUUCUACACCAUCACCAGCAUCCCCUGA